UCGAAUACCACGGACGACUUCCGAUAAACUUUUCAGUAUUAUCAGAUAACCACCUCGAAGAUUUAACAAAAAAGAAAGCAUGGUAGUGUGAUGGGGCGAUUGGUCUAAAAUCAACAUAAAGACUACUUUUCAUCAGUUGUGACCAAAUGUGGAAUAUCAUUAGUUGAACGGCUUUUUUUGAUUUAAAAUUUAUAUCCGCUUGUUGUGUGGGGGUUGUUUGGCCCUGUGAUGGUUUGUUGGAAGUGGGUGUUUACUCAGUCAGUGCCUGUGUGUACUUACCGUCCUGCUGCAGACUAUGUAGGCCUAAGUUACCUGGUUACAGACGAUCUGUAGGCCUACCUACGCAAAAUGUCAAAUCAUACACAACAGGAGGAUCUGGUACGACACUAUCCGUCACAGCCAAAUGAAUUUGAACGCAACCACAGGCCAGAUAUUAUCUCCCAUUUACCACCUCUCAGUGCUAAACAGCCUGCUUUUAGUAAAAAUCCCAAGAUUGUUCAAAGUGGGGCCUGGACCAAAGCUGCACCGUUUAAAGAGCAGAAGCACUACCGCCAUGUAAGUGACGCUAUUGCAAAUAACUACACGCCAUCAGCUCGCAACCUUACCACCUCUUAUGUUUAUGAAUUUACAAAGAAGCAAGAACGCCAAGCUAUUGAGAAUGGUGAGUUUACUAUCGUAAGCCCACAACGGAACAGCGACGGUCUACGCGUCCAGUCUGUAUCUCCAGAACAACUGCCUGAAAAGACCCGGCCGUUGUCAAGAAGGAGCUCAAAGGAAACCAAUAACAGACGAAGACAUGCACCAACCUCCGGUUCAUCAACACAAAGACCUUACACAUCAACUCAGUCGGGGACCUACACAAUCUCAAGUACCCUACCCCCAAUUAAUGGUACCCCACCAACCAGCCCUCGCAAUGGUUAUACCUCUCCUCGAUUAGGACCACUCAGCAGGCGGCAAGAUCUCAACUCACGUCUUGAAGCUGGUCUCAAUGGGAACUCAAGACCAUCGACGAGCUCACGUCAGCGCCCUGGUCAAGUAGAGGUGACACGAGUGCUCCAGAGCAGGGGAGAGUCGCAUGAUGAAUCUUCUGCAUCCUCAAGUUCAUCCGGGAAUAAUAACAGACGGCAGGAUAGUGGGCAUGGUAGCCUAGAUGGAGUACAAGCAUCACCUACAAAUGAUUCUGAACGUCCAAAGAGGAAUUCCACAACUGAUGCUGACACCGCAAGGAGAGAGUUUGAUGUGGAUGCACUGGCUGUCCUUGGUGUUGAGUUCCCUUCAUACACAUUUUCUACUACAGGUUUAUCAAGACCACCCACACCUGAAGAACCUGACAGAGGAAGAUAUUACAGCCUGCUUAAAGAUUCAAUUGACACCAGUUCUGUGGCAGGAUUGUGUAAUGAAUGGAUACAUGGUGCUUAUCGAUUUAUACCACAGCAUCUCAAAACGGACUUCCUUCAGCAGUGCUUGGAAAAUGUAACAGAGGAGAUGCGUGAAGAUUACACAUCAAGUGUGAAGCAAAGCAUGCUGGACUACAUUUUAAAGGACCCCCAAGAGCAAGUUAGACUGGGUAUUCCAUUGCCUUCCAAGAUUUCAAAUCCUGCUGGAAGGGAGAUGUUUCCAUGGAAAUCAGCUGUAAUCAACGCCAGGAAUUUCAUGGAAAGACAACUUUACAUCACAAAUCCAGUCAUGGCGGCUAUUCUCUUCUUAUGGGAAACAAAGUACAUCAAUUUUAGGCUUAUAGAUAUCCCAGGUUUAAAAGCGCUUCAGCCAAUUACAUUGGAAAAGUUCUUUGACCAUGUUGUUGAGUCGUGUCAUCGAGGGCGGCAGAGGCUGGAGAGAGAAUGGCUGGUAGAGUGUGCGGAAAUUGUCGGUGAUCAGAGAAAAAAUAUUGAAGAUUUAAUGCCAGAUGAUGAGGAAUCUAGAAUGAAUGAAAUGGACAGCUUCUUUGGCUCCAUAGCAACGCUAAUGUCAAAGUGCAUGCGGAGGGGUAUCAAGAAAUCAAUCUAUGAUCUUGUCGCAUGGUUAGAACUGUAUUCCAAAGGGAACAACUAUGAUAGUAAUUACCAGGAAAGCAAUCUUCGUUUUCCGGCAAUGGAGCAUCCGUUUACAUUCUUCAUGGAAGAAUACAUGGAGAAGGUGACGUGUCAGUUUGUGCCGCCAUUUGAUGAGGUCACCGCCAUCAUCCAUCAGGCUGUUGAUACAAUGGUUCAAAGCAUGGAACAGUUCCCCCGGAUUGAGUCAAAGCUCUUUGAAUACGUUGACAACGUGAAAAUUCAAUUUAUCAGUACUGUGAAAAAAGAUGAGGAGAUCGUUGAAGUUGCUAAGCAACGAAUAGAGGAGGUGAUACAAACUAACAGCCAUGGGCCAAAUAGAUACAUCAGUGUAUACAAUCCAUUUGAAUAUUUACUAUCAAAACAGUCAGACACCAUAGUUGAGAGGUUCAUCAACAAAGAACAACAUCUUCGUGAUUAUGUUCGUGAAAUUGAAAAGCUGAAAUCUAUGGCUGAUGAGGCAGCACUGCUUCCUGUAUUUGUGCCGAUGCAUCUUUUUCUUUUGGAUUGCAACACAAUCAACAGCUGGCUAAUUGCAAGAGCUCGACACCUGGCAGCCAUCAUGAUUGACCGGAUUACGAUCACAAGUCGCAAGUUCAACCGUAGCAUCUGUCAGGAAUACGAUGGCAUUGUGCGCAAGAUCACCGCACAGUCAGAGAGCACGCAUCAACUGGUGAGUCUUCAGGAGUAUGUGGACAGGCUUCGUACUGGGCAGCUUCUGCAGCUGAGGGAGAAACUGGAGAUUGCAGCCUCAAACCUUCUCUUUCUGAUGGAUUAUGCUUACCUGACUAAAGAUGAUGUGAUGCUGAAUGACAAUACUUUUACCUGGCCAAAUAGGAUUAUACCAUUGAUACGGAACAGUGAAACUAAGCUUCAGAAGGAACAUGACUACGCUGUUUCAAAACUCAAUGAUUGGAAGAAGAGAUUCACAGCUCGAAUCAAGAAAGAGGUAACAGAUGAAGUGAAAGCAUUCAAGUCUAAAGACCGCAUGUCAGAAGCCCAGAGUUACCAAGACACCUUGAUUGUCAUUGAUCAGAAACUUGAUGAGUUCUACAAGGAGAAAUUGAAUAUCAAUAAAGAGGAACAGAUGCUGGAUGUGGGUGAGAUAAGUUUGUACCCUCAGCUGGAUGAGAUGAAGGAAGCAAAGGAACCAUAUGACAGACUCUGGAAUGCUGCCGUCAAAUUCCAUCUGGUGUAUGACAAGUGGAUGAAUGGUCCCCUCUUGGAGGUUAAUGCAGAGGAUGUUGAAGAAGAAGUACAGAGCAUGUGGAAGACAAGUUAUAAGCUGACAAAAAUCUUUGCGCAUCCAGAGUUCAUUGGUCCGAUGCGUGCCGCAGCAACUCUCAAAGGGAAGUUGGAGAAGUUCAAGAUUAACAUGCCACUUAUUAACGCUCUUUGUAAUCCAGGAAUCAAACAGCGCCAUUGGGACAUGAUGAGUCAGAAGGUUGGAUUUGAUAUAACACCUUUACCAGAUACACCCUUGAUUGAACGUUUGCAGAUGGGCCUAGAAAAGAACUUAGAAGAUCUCACUGAAAUCAGCUCACAAGCUAGCAAAGAAUAUGCAUUAGAAAAGGCCUUGAUCAAGAUGAAGAGUGACUGGGAAGAGAUGAACUUCAACUUCACUCAGUACAAGGACACCCAGUUGAGUAUUCUCUCUGCACCAGAUGACAUCCAAGUGCUUCUGGAGGAUCAUGUAGUCAAGACAUCCACGAUGAGAGGAUCACCAUUCAUUGCACCAUUUGAGACUGAGAUCAAAGACUGGGAAGUUGGUCUGCAUCGCAUGCGAGACAUUCUUGAUUCUUGGUUGAAGGUUCAAGCAGCAUGGCUUUAUCUGGAACCUAUUUUUGGUUCUGAAGAUAUCCGCCGACAAAUUCCAAUUGAAGGAGAGAUGUUCACAACAGUUGAUGCUAAUUGGAAAGAGAUCAUGACAACCUCUGUGAAGAACACUAAUGCUCUAGUGGUGACAUCUCAAGAUCAGAUGCUGGAGAAUCUGCAGCAUUCUGAGAGUCUUCUCGAUAAUAUUCAAAGAGGACUCAAUGAUUACUUAGAAAAAAAGAGAUUGUUCUUUCCAAGGUUCUUCUUCCUGUCCAAUGAUGAACUGCUUGAGAUCCUCUCAGAAACCAAAGACCCUCUCCGUGUUCAACCACAUCUUAAGAAGUGUUUUGAAGGAAUUGCACAACUAACGUUCACAGAAGAGAAGGAGAUUGUUGCAAUGGAAUCAGCAGAGAAAGAGACAGUGACUCUGUGUAAUAAGAUUAUACCGGCAGAUGCAAAGGGACUUGUUGAGAAGUGGCUCAUUCAGGUUGAAGAUAUGAUGAAGAAGAGCUUGCAGGAGGAGAUGAUUAAAUCAAUGGAGGCAUAUGCUGAUGCCCCCAGAGAGAGUUGGGUCUUAAAAUGGCCGGGCCAGAUUGUGCUGGCUGUCAGCACUACCUACUGGACAUUAGAUGUUACCGAGGCCAUAUGUAAGAAGGAUGGAUUGAAGAUGUAUUUAGGCCAGUGCAAUAAACAAAUUGAUGACAUUGUGUGUUUAGUGCGAGGCAAGCAGUCCAGAAUGACCCGUACAACAUUGGGGGCGCUCAUUGUCAUAGAUGUACAUGCCCGUGAUGUAGUAACCAGUCUCCAUGAAAACAAUGUCAGCGACCCGCUCUGCUUUGCAUGGAUCAGUCAGCUUCGAUAUUACUUUGAAGAGAGCACUGUAGCUGUUCGUAUGAUCACCACAACAGUACCAUAUGGUUAUGAGUAUCUAGGCAACACUGGGAGGCUUGUGAUUACACCACUUACAGAUCGUUGCUAUAGAACUCUAAUGGGAGCGUUGCUUUUGAAUCUUGGAGGUGCGCCAGAAGGCCCAGCUGGUACUGGGAAAACAGAAACAUGUAAAGAUCUUGCAAAGGCAGUUGCAAAACAGUGUGUUGUGUUUAACUGUUCUGAUGGCCUGGACUACAAAGCUAUGGGAAAGUUCUUCAAGGGUCUUGCCCAGUCAGGUGCAUGGGCAUGUUUUGAUGAGUUCAACAGGAUUGAAUUGGAGGUUCUGUCAGUGGUUGCUCAGCAGAUCCAAAGCAUCCAGAGGGCAGUGGCAGAGCGGAAAGAGAUGUUUGUAUUUGAAGGAACCAAGAUCUCAUUGGAUCCCUCCUGCACUAUGUUCAUUACAAUGAACCCUGGGUAUGCUGGUAGAGCUGAGCUGCCUGACAAUUUGAAGGUAUUGUUCCGUACUGUUGCCAUGAUGGUUCCUGAUUAUGCCUUGAUUGCUGCUAUUAGCCUUUACUCAAUGGGGUUUGUGUGUGCAAGAGGCUUAGCUACCAAAAUUGUAGCCACUUACAAAUUAUGUUCAGAACAGUUGUCUUCCCAACAUCAUUAUGAUUAUGGCAUGAGGGCAGUGAAGUCUGUCUUAACAGCUGCUGGCAACCUCAAGCUCAAAUUCCCAGACACACCAGAAGAUGUUCUGGUGUUGCGGUCAAUCAAGGAUGUUAACUUACCAAAGUUUCUUUCUCCUGACAUUCCCCUCUUCGAAGGCAUAAUAUCGGAUCUGUUCCCAGGCUUGGAGUUACCCAAGCCAGAUCGAAGCACUUUAGAAAAUGCUCUUAUUACCAACAUAUCAAAGAGAGGUCUGCAGCCUGUGCCCUGGUUCAUUGAAAAGAUUGUCCAGAUCUAUGAGAUGAUAUUGGUGAGGCAUGGUUUAAUGAUCGUUGGUGAAACCAUUGGUGGAAAAACAAGUGCAUUCAAGGUGUUGGCUGACGCUCUUCAUGAUCUCUGUGUCAACAAAGAAAUGGAAGAGUACAUGGUUGACUAUCGAAUCAUGAAUCCAAAGGCUAUUACAAUGGGUCAGUUAUACGGUAGAUUUGACCCCAUCUCCCAUGAAUGGUCAGAUGGUGUCCUGGCCAAUAUCUUCCGUGAACAUGCAAGUAACACUUCAGAUGAUCGUAAGUGGUUGGUCUUCGACGGCCCUGUGGAUGCUGUCUGGAUAGAGAACAUGAACACUGUGUUAGACGACAAUAAAAAGCUUUGCCUAAUGAGUGGUGAAAUUAUCCAGAUGAACAACAAGCAAAACAUGAUCUUUGAACCCAGAGACUUGGAACAGGCAUCACCAGCAACAGUCAGCAGGUGUGGUAUGAUUUACAUGGAACCAUUGCAACUUGGCUGGUCACCCCUAGUUACAUCCUGGUUAGAGAAUGAUGUACCUGACUUCAUAAACAAACAACAGAAAAUGACAAUCAAGCUUCUCUAUGAAUGGUUGCUACCACCAUGUCUACAUCAUGUGACCAAGAAUUGUCGUCUGAUCGUUCAAGCAUCACCAAUGCACUUGACGAUUUCCAUGAUCAAACUUUACGGAUGCUUGUUGAAUGACGUGCGUUUUAUCAGAAAUAGGGAGGAUUCCGAUGAUGAUUUGAUUGAAGAGCAGGAGGAUCCAGAAAACUCAAGUCCGUCAUUAUCAGAUCAAAAAUUGAACGAGGAACGGACAAAUAUGGUAGUGUGUUACUUCCUGUUUAGCCUUGUUUGGUCCGUGGGAGCCGUCGUUGACGGAUCAUCAAGAGACAACUUCAGUGAAUUCUUCAAGCAACUCUGUGACAUGGACACAACCGGGAAGUACCCACGUCCCAAGGACUUAAAAUUUCAGCGUAGCCUGAUCAUCCCCAAAAAAGGAUCUGUCUAUGAUUUUGUGUUCAUGCGGAAAACCUAUGGAUCCUGGACUUCUUGGGAAAACCUAGUGGAAAAGCCAAACCUAGGGGUCAAAACACAGGAUGAUCCUACCAAACAGGUUAUGGUUAAUGAGCUCAUCAUCAAAACAGUGGACACUGAGAGACAACUUUAUUUCCUACGUAAGCUGCUCCUUCAGGGUAAACCACUUCUGUUUGUUGGACCAACUGGUACAGGAAAGUCAGCGAUCACCAAUAACUUUCUGAUUGAACUCGCUACACAGAAUUAUAUCCCGAAUAAUGUAAACUUCUCAGCCCAAACGAGUGCAAACCAGACACAGGAUAUCAUUUUCUCGAAGUUAGACCGACGAAAGAAGGGGACAUAUGGUCCACCACUAGGGAAGAAAACUAUUGUCUUCGUUGAUGACCUCAACAUGCCUGCUAAAGAGAAAUAUGGCGCGCAACCACCAAUUGAGUUGCUGCGACAGUGGAUUGAUCACGGAUACUGGUUCGACCGUAAGGAUACAAGCGUAUUAAAGUUGAUUGACAUCAUCAUGGUGUCAGCUAUGGGUCCACCAGGUGGAGGUAGGAACACGGUGACGUCGCGGUUCUUAAGACACUUUAACAUCAUCGCAAUUGACUCAUUCGAUGAAGAGACGAUGAAGAAGAUCUUCUCACCGAUCAUGGAUUGGCAUUUCGACAAAGGAUUUGAGACCAGUUUAAAACGGUAUUCCAGGAUAAUGGUGUACGCAACCACUGCAGUGUAUAUGGAAUCGAUCUCAAACUUUCUACCGACUCCUACCAAAUCUCACUACUUAUUCAACUUACGGGAUUUUGCUCGGGUCGUCCAGGGGAUUCUCCUUAUUGGGCCAAGAUGCGUGCCAUCUGGAAACGAGGGUGCUAAGAAACUGAUACGAUUGUGGGUACAUGAGGUGUACCGUGUCUUCUACGAUAGACUUGUGGAUGAGGAUGAUCGACAGACAUUCUUCAAGAUCAUUAAGACUGUUGUUCAGAGUCAGUUCAAAGAGAAGAUGAAUGCAGUGUUUUCACAUUUGUCAGAUGCUAAGGAGGUUAAUGAUGAUAGUAUGAGAAGUGAUACAAUGGAGAUUGACGAUCAUCAUCUGAGAAGCCUUUUCUUUGGUGACUAUGUAAAGACAAAUGAUGAUGAUAAAGUCUACAAUGAAAUAACUGAUUUCAUUGCACUCAAAGAGACCAUUGAGAAAUGCCUGGAUGAGUACAACUUGAUGAGUAAGGCUCCUAUGGACUUGGUCAUGUUCCGAUUUGCUAUUGAGCAUAUUUCAAGGAUAAGCCGCGUACUGAAGCAACCUAAUGGCCACGCCCUACUUGUCGGGAUUGGAGGCAGCGGGCGUCAAAGUGCGGCCCGUUUAGCUGCUUUCAUGGCCAUGUAUGAGCUCGUCACCAUAGAGAUAACAAAGAACUACACUACCUCCGACUGGAAAGAAGAUCUUCGGAAAGUAUUGCGGAAAGCAGGUGACGAAGGUCUACCAACAGUCUUCUUAUUUGGAGAUCACCAGAUCAAGGAUGAAUCAUUUUUGGAAGAUAUUAACAUGAUCCUGAACACUGGAGAUAUUCCUAACCUUUAUGAGAAUGAAGAGAGGCUGGAGAUAAUUGAAAAGAUGCAACAAAUCGCAGUGUCAGAGAAUCCUAAGAUAGAGACUACGCCCCUGAACAUGUAUAACAAAUUUGUAGAGCGUGUUCGUCGGAAUCUGCAUGUGGUCCUUGCAUUUAGUCCAAUUGGAGAUGCUUUCCGUAACAGACUUCGUAUGUUUCCUUCACUCAUCAACUGCUGCACCAUCGACUGGUUCAAGGCCUGGCCAGAGGAUGCAUUAGAAAUGGUUGCUCACAAGUUCCUCGAUGAUGUGGAGAUGUCUGAUGAAGUCCAGGCUGAAACUGUAGUCAUGUGUAAACACUUCCAUGAGAGUGUUAGAGCGAUGUCUGACACAUUCUACUCUGCUCUUCGGAGAAGGAACUAUGUGACACCAACCUCAUAUCUGGAAUUAAUCAAGACAUUUAAGAAUUUGAUGAGUAGGAAGCGGCUAGAGAUUUUAACUCUGAAGAAUCGUUAUAUUGUCGGACUGGAGAAGCUGGAGUUUGCAGCCAAUCAGAUUGCCGUUAUGCAGGUUGAAUUAACAGCACUUCAGCCGAAGCUGAUUGAAACCAGUGGUGAAACAGAAAAACUAAUCGAGAUCAUUCAGGCAGAGACAGAGGAAGUUGAUGCCAAACGUCAGGUGAUUUCUGUCGAUGAAGAGGUUGCCAACAAGGCAGCAAUGGCAGCAAAAGCCAUCAAGGACGAAUGUGAACAGAAACUGGCUGUUGCAAUGCCAGCGUUAAAUGCUGCCAUCCGAGCUCUUGACACCUUGAAACAAGCAGACAUCACGGUUGUGAAGUCAAUGACGAACCCACCAACAGGUGUCAAACUUGUGAUGGAAGCUAUCUGCAUCAUGAAGGGAAUCAAACCAGAGAAGAAAGCUAAUGAUCAAGGCAAAAUGGUGGAUGACUAUUGGCCUCCUGCUAAAAGAAUGCUUGGUGAUAUGAAAUUCCUAGAGUCACUGAAAGAAUAUGAUAAAGAUAAUAUCCCGGUGUGGGUGAUGAAAAAAAUCAGAGAAAAGUUCAUUGACAACCCUGACUUUGAGCCUAGCAUCGUCAAGAAGAUCUCGUCAGCCUGUGAAGGGCUGUGCAGCUGGGUUCGAGCCCUGGAAGUGUAUGACCGUGUGGCUAAAGUGGUAGCACCAAAGAGGGCUAGCCUGCAAAAUGCAGAAUCAACGCUGGAUGAGCAGAUGUCAAAGUUGAAUGAAAAGAGGGCAGCAUUGAAAGAGAUCACAGACAAACUUCAAGGUCUUAAUGAUCAUCUGGAUACAAAGUUCUCUGAAAAGAAGAACUUAGAAGACCAGAUUGAAAAUACAAGACUGAAGAUCGUACGAGCGAAGAAGUUAAUAUCUGGGCUUGGCGGAGAAAAAGAACGGUGGCAACAGCUUACAGAGCAGCUUAGUGCUACCUAUGUGAACAUUGUAGGUGACGUUUUGUUAUCAUCAGGAGUUGUAGCAUACCUUGGACCUUUCACGUUGUCCUUUAGACAGGAGUGUUUAAAGGAGUGGUAUGAGAUGUGUAAAGACAAGUCGAUUCCUGUGUCUGCUGUGUUUUCUCUGUCGGCAACUUUAGGAGAUCCAGUGAAAAUCCGAGACUGGCAACUAGCUGGAUUGCCAGUGGAUAACUUUUCUGUGGAUAAUGCGUUGAUUGUCACCAAUGCAAAUCGUUGGCCUCUGAUGAUCGACCCUCAAGGCCAGGCCAACAAGUGGGUAAAGAACAUGGAGAAGCCCAACAAGUUACAGGUGAUAAAGCUCUCAGAUCCCACGUACACCAGGACCUUGGAGAACUGCAUCCAAUUCGGACAGCCUUGCUUGCUUGAGAACAUAGGUCAAGAGCUUGACCCUGUUCUAGAACCACUUCUUUUGAAACAAACAUUUAAACAGCCUGAUUUUCCGAUGGAUAAUGGAUUGGACUACAUCCGUCUGGGUGACAAUGUGAUUGAGUUUAGCCAUGAUUUUAAGUUUUACAUCACCACACGAUUACGCAACCCGCACUACCUCCCGGAGGUUUCUGUGAAGGUCACCCUCUUGAACUUUAUGAUCACUCCUCUUGGACUUGAGGAUCAACUCCUGGGACUAGUAGCUGCAAAAGAGAAGCCAGAGCUGGAAGAGAAAAAGAACCAGUUGAUCCUGGAGAGUGCAAAGAACCGGAGACAGCUGAAGGAGAUUGAGGACAAGAUACUGGAGGUGCUGUCUUCCUCACAAGGGAACAUCCUGGAAGAUGAGACUGCCAUUGAGAUCUUGUCCUCCAGUAAGGUACUGGCGAAGGAGAUUGGAGAGAAGCAGGAGGCAGCAUCGAUCACAGAGAAAGAGAUUGAUGAGACUAGGAAUGGUUAUAAACCAGUUGCUAAGCAUUCGUCCAUCUUGUUUUUCACCAUAUCUGACCUGGCCAACAUUGAGCCGAUGUAUCAGUAUUCUCUCACCUGGUUUAUUAACUUAUAUUCACAAUCCAUCUCAGAUACAAGGGACUUAAGUCCCUCAGAAGCUGCAGGUAUUCCCUCUAUUUCUGAUACACCGCCAUCAAACGAGCUUGAAGUGCGUAUUAGCAACCUCAACAAUCACUUCACGUACAGUAUCUACCAGAAUGUCUGCCGGUCGUUGUUUGAGAAAGACAAACUUCUCUUCUCGUUUAUACUUUGCAUCAGCAUUGCAAAAGGGAGAGGUGAAAUUGAUGAUCAUGAGUGGCGAUUUCUAUUGACUGGGGGUGUGGCUUUGGAGAACCCCUUCCCCAAUCCAGCACCAUCUUGGUUGUCAGAUAAGUCUUGGUCAGAGAUUGUUCGUGUUUCACCACUCACAGCAUUUGAUGAUCUUAUGAUGCAUGUCAGGGCAAAUCUUUCCGAAUGGAAAAAACUAUACGACUCAACAAGUCCGCACACGUGUGAGAUUCCGCAACCAUGGAAUGAGAAGCUAAACAGCAUUCAGAAACUCAUCAUCUUGAGGAUUAUCCGUCCAGAUAAGAUUGUACCUGCUGUACAAAACUUCAUUGUCUCACGAAUGGGACAGGCGUACAUUGAACCACCAACCUUUGACCUGGCUAAGAGCUAUGCUGAUUCAACCUAUGCGACCCCAUUAAUAUUCAUUCUGUCCCCAGGGGCUGACCCCCUGGCUGUACUAAUGAAAUUUGCUGCUGAGAAGGGGUUACUGAAAAUUCAACGUCAGAAAACAGUUGGACGGAUCAUUACAAAGCUGGAAAGAACCAGCAGUCGACUUGAGCUGAAGCGUAGGGUGUCGCUGGUCAAAGGUCAGUCGAUUCCACCAGUCAAAAACCAUGAGAAGUCAACGACUGAUUCAGAUGUGAAAAUUAAAACUGAUUCCACAACUGAACAUAAAACCAUGAAAGAUGAAACAACAUCUUCACAUAAUAGUAGACAAAAUGAGGCGGAAGAUCGUAUUCAGUUGUCUGCAGGUAACCAUUCAAAUGAUGCCAUCAAAGAAGAAACUGAUACAGCUGGCAAAAAUGCAGAGGCAUCUGUUAAUAACGGACAACAACGAACCAAGCAUAAGAUGCGAUAUCCGUCCCUCAGUAGUAUGGGUGGUACAGGACUUCAAACUAUCUCACUAGGCCAGGGGCAGGGGCCAAUUGCUGCUAAUAUGAUCAACAAGGCUGUAGAUUCAGGAACAUGGGUGGUGCUCCAGAAUUGUCACUUAGCAACCUCUUGGUUACCAACACUUGAGAAAAUAUGUGAAGAAGUAAUAACUGAUCCUGAACGCAAUAAGCCUACCUUUCGUCUAUGGUUGACAAGUUAUCCAUCUCCAUCGUUCCCUGUAUCGAUCCUGCAGAAUGGGAUCAAGAUGACGAAUGAACCACCAAAAGGAUUAAGGGCUAAUCUCUUGAGGUCCUAUCUCAAUGAUCCCAUCUCUGAUCCUGAAUUUUUUAAUGGGUGCAGUAAAAAAGAGGUGUGGAAGAAAUUGUUAUGUGGCCUCUGCUUCUUACAUGGGGUUGUCCAAGAGAGGCGUAAAUUUGGUCCAUUGGGGUGGAACACACCAUAUGAAUUCAACGAAUCCGAUCUUCGAAUUAGUGUCCGUCAAUUGCAGAUGUUUCUUAAUGAUUAUGAUGAGGUGCCACUUGAAGCCCUUGUCUACCUCACUGGCGAGUGUAACUAUGGUGGCCGUGUGACAGACGACCAAGACCGACGAUUAAUAAUGAGCUUGCUCACAAACUUCUACAAUAAGGAUAUCAUUUCUGAGGAAGGAUACAAAUUCUCUGAGAGCGGGGACUAUUAUUGUCCGCCAGAUGGUCCUUACUCCAGCUACUUGGACUACAUCAGAAGUCUCCCACUUAGUCCACACCCAGAGGUUUUUGGCUUACAUGAAAAUGCUGACAUCACAAAAGAUCAACAAGAAACUCAGCAGCUGUUUGAUGGCAUUUUACUUACGCUACCAAGACAGGCUGGAGAGGCAUCGGGUGGUGGAAGGUCAUCGCAGCAGGUCAUCGAUGAUCUAGCAUCAGAUAUUCUAUCUAAGGUUCCAUCAAAUUUUAACUUGGAAGAAGUUAAGGCAAAAUAUCCUGUGCGUUAUGAAGAGUCGAUGAACACAGUGCUACUACAAGAACUGAUCCGGUUCAACCGGCUAAUUAGUGUGAUCCGCAGCAGUCUGGUGGACAUCAGGAAAGCCAUCAAAGGCCUAGUUGUGAUGUCAGCGGAACUUGAAGAUGUCUUUGAUAGUAUGAUGGUUGGAAAGGUACCAGCCAUGUGGGCAGCAAAAUCAUACCCUUCGCUUAAACCUCUUGGGAGUUAUGUCACUGACCUAAUGGCAAGAAUUCAAGAGUUUAAGGAUUGGAUACAAAAUGGCAUACCAACCGUGUUCUGGAUGUCGGGAUUCUAUUUCACCCAAUCCUUUUUAACUGGCACGAUGCAGAAUUUCGCCCGCCGUUACCAGAUUCCGAUUGACCAACUAGGCUUCCAAUUUGAGGUUAUGGUCGAGGAAACAGAGAUGCCCUCAAAGCCGAUUGAUGGAGUUUAUGUGAAGGGACUAUUCCUGGAGGGGGCUCGUUGGAAUCGAGAGAAACGCAUUCUGGGUGAAUCAUUACCGAAGAUACUCUACGAUACUCUACCAAUUAUGUGGCUGAAGCCAGGUGAAAGAUCAAAGUUUGUAGAACUGGUUACUUAUUCCUGCCCAGCCUACAAGACCAGUGCACGGAGGGGCACCUUGUCAACCACCGGUCAUUCCACCAAUUUUAUUCUACAGAUGGAACUACCUUCAGAUCGUCCACAGAAACACUGGAUCAACCGGGGGGUCGCUAUCCUAUGUCAGCUGGAUGAUUAAGCUCCAGGGUGCACAUUCCUAUGGAAAAAAGUGUAUAAAUAAUGAAAUAAACUGUUAGUCAUAAAGAAGAUUUUAUAAUAGAAUCAAUGUAUAGUAUAAGAAUUUUCAUCAAGAUUUUUAUCAGACUUUUAUACAAAAGCUAUUUUUAUGGUUAAAAAAAGACCCAUGUUCUUUAAUAUUUUUUAAUGUACAUUACACUUACAGGUCUUUAUACUUGAACGUUUUAAUCAAAAGUAUCCGUAGUGAAGUCUAGUGGCCUGUUCAUGCAAUAAAUAUAUAUGUGCAUCUUCUUAAUUCUAAGGUAAACAUUUUCGGAGCUGCUUGAAUGGUUUGUAGAUGUAUGGUCUUAGUAUAUUUAUAAGUGAUGAUGAUAAUAAUGCAUAAAAUGAAGUGUUUCCCCAAACAAAGUGAAAAAAAUGUGAUUGGCCUAUAUAUAUUACGGUAUGUUUUCAAGUUCUUAUAUAUGCCAAAAUAUAAAUUUGUUAUAUAUUUUAUUAUUUUGAUUGCUACUGACAAUCACUGUCCUUUUAAAAGUACUUUAAAAGGUUGGUGUUUAAUCAUGGAAUGAUAAAGUUACACAAUUAAAUAUAAUUUAUUCUUUAAAUGUAACUUAUUGUAGUUGUAAAUAGAUGUUGGCAAAUGCUAAGUGAAAUAUUGCCGACACGCUGAAGUGUUACAUAUAUUUAAUAUUCCAUAAUUAUACUUAUGUGGAGUAAGUUUGACUAGGCCUAGCAUGAGGAACCUAUGAGGUAAAAACAGGUCUCAAAUAUAUUUUUGGUAUCUAUUGUUUAUUGGUACCUUCGUAGGCGUAGAUGGGGUUGCGAACACACACUUUCAUGGUAGCAUGGUAGCAAAGUAGUUCACUAAGUGAGUUAAAAUACUAAAAAUAACCAUUAAGUUUUCAUUGGAAUGGUAAUUAAGUUCUGCAU